GCGUUUACUCUCCUGAGUGUGUCUAGUAAUUUGGAGGAGGCGCUGCAGCCAUUUCAUCACUUAAGAGAGAAACCGGAGAUCAGGGUCCCAGAGUAACUGUAACCAGAGCUCUGCAAACAUUUACACACUCACCACUAAGAGGAAACAAGACGGAGAAAAAGAAGUGGAAACGAAAAGAACUAAAACACUACAUUCUCAGAAGAUUUAUCCAGUUUAUACAAGCAAAAUAAUUCUCCUUAUGAGUUCAUCAGUGAUCAUGUGUGAAUGUUGAAGAGCGCUCUAUGAUACAGCUGAUCUCUGGUGCAAACACGCGUGUUUGUUUGCGAAAUUGGAGGUGCAAAGGAUUUGAUAAAGAGAGCCCGGAGAGAGUCUGCAAAAGAUGGGUUGGAAACGUCAUUUAAACAGAGAGUUUGUGUAUGUUCUGGCGCUUUGGCUUGGAUGUGUGUUGCCUCUGUGCAGGACUCGGAUGUACACAAACCACUGGGCUGUGAGAAUAUCUGGGGCUUCUCAGGAUGCAGACAGGAUAGCAGACAAAUAUGGUUAUAGUAACAUGGGACAGAUUGGAGACUUGAAGGAUUACUACCAUUUUUUCCAUAGAAGAACAAUAAAAAGGUCAACGCUUUCAAGCAGGGGAACACAUAACUUCAUUUCAAUGGAACCAGAGGUGGAAUGGAUAGAGCAACAGGUGGUCAAAAGAAGGAUAAAAAGGGAUUAUAAAGCCAGCCCUCCCCAAUCCAUGUAUUUCAAUGAUCCUAAGUGGACAAGCAUGUGGUAUAUACACUGCAAUGAUGACACCCACAACUGUCAGUCUGACAUGAAUAUUGUAGGAGCGUGGAAGAGAGGUUACACUGGUAAGAAUGUCGUGGUCACCAUUCUAGAUGACGGGAUUGAGCGGAACCACCCAGACCUAAUUGAGAAUUAUGACUCACAAGCCAGCUUUGAUGUCAACGGUAAUGAUUAUGAUCCAAUGCCUCGAUAUGACGCCAGCAAUGAAAACAAGCAUGGAACCCGUUGCGCUGGAGAAGUGGCAGCCUCUGCAAACAAUUCACACUGCACAGUAGGAAUUGCUUAUAAUGCAAAGAUUGGAGGUGUGCGUAUGCUGGAUGGUGAUGUCACCGACAUGGUGGAAGCAAAGUCCCUCAGCCUGCAGCCACAGCACAUUGACAUCUACAGCGCUAGCUGGGGGCCGGACGACGACGGGAAGACUGUUGACGGACCAGCAUCACUUGCCAGACAGGCUUUUGAGAAUGGUAUCAGACUGGGAAGAAAGGGCCGGGGUUCAAUUUUUGUCUGGGCUUCGGGAAACGGAGGGAGAAGCCGAGAUCACUGCUCCUGCGACGGCUACACCAACAGCAUCUACACCAUCUCUAUUAGCAGCACGGCAGAGAGCGGCAAAAAGCCUUGGUAUCUGGAAGAAUGCUCCUCCACUCUAACUACCACCUACAGCAGCGGAGAGUCUUAUGACAGGAAAAUAAUUACAACAGACCUGAGACAGCGUUGCACAGACAGCCAUACAGGAACGUCUGCCUCGGCGCCCAUGGCAGCAGGAAUCAUAGCACUGGCACUGGAGGCCAAUCCAUUCUUGACAUGGAGAGAUGUACAACACAUCAUUGUAAGGACCUCCCGUGCUGGUCAUCUGAGUGCACCAGAUUGGAAAACCAAUGCAGCCGGUUAUAAAGUGAGCCAUCUUUAUGGGUUUGGACUGAUGGAUGCAGAGGCCAUGGUACAGGAAGCUGAGAGGUGGAAAGCUGUACCCACUCAGCACAUAUGUGUGGAGAGUGCAGACAGGCAAAUAAGAACUAUUCGUCCAGAGAAUGUUGUCAGAUCAGUAUACAAAGCUCCUGGCUGUGCUGAUAAUUCCAACCACCACGUCAUCUACUUGGAGCACGUUGUGGUGCGGAUCACCAUUACUCACCAUCGCCGUGGAGAUCUGUCUAUUUACCUGACCUCUCCCUCUGGAACAAAGUCCCAGCUCUUAGCAAACAGGUUAUUUGAUCAUUCAAUGGAAGGCUUUAAGAACUGGGAAUUUAUGACCACUCACUGCUGGGGAGAAAAGGCCGCUGGAGAUUGGAUCCUUGAAAUCUAUGAUACCCCUUCCCAACUCAGAAACCAUAAAACACCAGGGAAACUUAAGGAGUGGUCUCUAGUUCUUUAUGGGACCUCUGUUCACCCGUACUCUCCACGCUUUGCUCCUCCGAAAGUAGAGAAGCCCCGUUCACCAGUGGAGACCACCACACCGGACUACAGUGAAUACACUGGACCUUGUGACCCAGAAUGUAGCGACGGUGGCUGUGACGGACCAGGCCCUCAUCAGUGCAUUGACUGUUUGCAUUACUUCCUGAAAUUUAAAAACCACACAAGGACCUGUGUUUCUGAAUGUCCAUCCGGGUUUUUCAGAGAUGAUAAGAAGCGCUGCAAGAAGUGCUAUUCCCUGUGCGACACAUGUGUGGGAAGCCGCAGUGACCAGUGCACUUCCUGUAAGCCUGGCUACCACCUGAAUGAAGAAACAUACAGCUGUGUCUCCAGCUGUCCCGAGAGCUUCUACCUCGACAAAGAAGCGAACAUGUGCAGGAAGUGUAGUGAACAUUGUAAAAAGUGCACUGGGCUUCAGACCUGUACAGAAUGCAGACCAGGCAUGAGUUUACAGGGAUCAAAAUGCUUGAUUACAUGUGAUGCUGGAACAUACUACAACGCCCAUAGAAAGGAAUGUGAGAUCUGUCAUAAAGCUUGUGCUGCAUGUGCAGGCACAGGUGCAGAGGCUUGUACAAAGUGUGCAGAAGAUUACUACAUGGAAGACUGGAGGUGUGUGUUAAGUUGCAGUGCUGGAUACUAUUUGGAGAAAAGCUCAGAAAAUGGAGAGAAACUGAGUACUUGCAGAAAGUGUGACGCAAGCUGUUUGACCUGCACUGGAUCUGGGGAGAAAAACUGUACCAGCUGUAUCAGCGGAUACAACUUAGAAUCAGGAGUCUGUGUAGUCGGAACUAUUUGUAAAGAUGGAGAAUACAUAGAUGAUUCUGGAAAGUGUAACCUCUGUGAUGCAACCUGUUACAAGUGUACUGGACCAGAUAAGAAUCAGUGUCUUAGUUGUACACCCACAAGGUACUUUGAUGAUGGCCAUUGUAUUAUUGUUUGCUCCAAGGGGAAGUUUCAGUUAAAUGGACAGUGUCACUUGUGCCACCACACAUGCAAACAAUGCAGUGGGGGAGAACCGUACAACUGCACAGCCUGUGACAAAGAUAAAUUUGGAAACAACCGCUACCUGUUCCAAGGAGAGUGCGAGGAAGCCUGCCCUCAGGGCUACUAUCCCUCUGCAGAGCAGAUCUGCCAGCAGUGCCCUGAUAACUGUGAGGCAUGCGAGAGGGCUAAUGAAUGCUUAAAGUGUUCAUCAGGCUACUAUCCAUCUGAUGGAGAAUGCAUAAAGCUGAAUUGUGAAGAAGGUGAAGUUGAAGACCCAGAAUAUGAAGAAUGCAUGGAAUGUGAGAAGGGAUGCAAAAAGUGCAUGCUAUCUGACCCAAGAUCCUGUUUUUCCUGUAAAGAUGGGUUUUACAUGUUUAAAACACGAUGCUUUGAAGGGUGUCCUGAAAAGACGUAUAAUGAUGACAAAGCCAUGGAGUGCAGAGAAUGCCAUAAGAAUUGUGUCAGCUGUGAUGAAAAUCAGUGCUACUGGUGUGAGGAAGGCUGGUUUUUCUCAGAAAAUGAAUGUGUUGAAACAUGCAACAGCGGUUUCUAUGGUGAUGAAGAAAGUCAAGAGUGUCAGCCUUGUCAUCAGACCUGUAAAACCUGUGCAGGGCCUAACUUUGAUGACUGUGAGUCUUGCCCUGGAGAUCAAGAGCUUGUAAAGGGAAAGUGUGGAGACCUGAUCAAAUCUUGCCCGAUUGGAAGCUUCUGGUCUGCUUAUCGGAAAUGUGAGAAGUGCGACCGCUUCUGCAAGACAUGUACUGCAGAACAAAUAUGUACUUCGUGUAAAACAGGAAGAUAUCUAACAGCACAUCAAUCCUGUGUUACCACGUGCCCUGAGAAAACCUUUGCUAACCUAGAGAAUGGAAAGUGUGAGGGCUGUGCGGAGGGGUGUGCAGAAUGUUCCAAGGAGAAGAACAACUGUCAGAAGUGUCUCGACAUCCCAAAACACCCACUGUACUUGCAUGAGGGAAAAUGUUUAAGCAAAUGCCCAAGUGGAUAUUUUGAAGAUGUAGAAACCUGCACAAAGUGUAGCCCAGAAUGCAAAGCAUGCAAGGACGAUUCCACAAGCUGCCAGGCUUGUCAUCAGCAUUAUGUGCUUUACCAAAACCGCUGCAUGACAACCUGCCCUGACGAGCAUUUUUCAGAGGAAGGGCUCUGCAAGCGCUGCACACCAGGCUGCAAGAAGUGUGACGAGCAUGGCAUCUGCAGUGAGUGCAACAAUCACUUCUUCCUCCAUCUUGAAGUCUGUGUUGAUAAGUGCCCUGUAGAUUUUUAUGAAGACUCUCAGUCGCAAACUUGCAGCCGCUGCCACUCUGACUGUGCAGAAUGUGACGGCCCCGAUCCUGAUGAUUGUGUCAGUUGUGCUGAUUCCAGUUCAGUGCUGUACGGAGGACAGUGCUUCCAGGAAUGCCCUGACGGCACCUACCAUGACAUGGACACUGGCGAUUGUCAGGAUUGCGAUAGAACGUGUCAGACCUGUAAGGGUUCCUCUUCAUCUGACUGCAUUACAUGCAUCGAAGGCAUGGUGAAGAAUAAGCAGGGGCAUUGCGUCACUCACUGGGACUGUCCCCUGAGCUCCUACCAGGACAAGAGGGGAGCCUGCAGGCAUUGUCACAAGUCCUGUCACCUCUGCACUGGACCUACACAGCACGAGUGUCUCAGCUGUACAGAGAGCCAUUAUCUACUGAAUAAUACCUGUCUCGAUCAAUGUCCUGAUGGAUACUACAAAGAUGAAGAUGGGUGGCGCUGUGUUCCUUGUCACAGUUCUUGUGGGACUUGCAGUGGACAGUAUGAGUGCUCUGGGAGCUGUGAUACAGGAUAUUAUUUCAGUGCAUCCAUGGAAGGUUGUUUAAGAUGUGAUCCAAGCUGUAAAGUGUGUGUGGGGAGUGAGCGCACAGACUGUGUGACCUGUCAGAGAAACCACUUCUUCCUGAGGGCCCAGGGAAGAUGCUAUUUCUCGUGUCCUGAGGGUUACUACAAAAACUCAGAUGAACACACUUGUGAUAGAUGUCAUCCAACUUGUAAAACUUGCAAAGAGAAAGGAGCUCUUAAAUGUGAAUCCUGUCACUUUGGCUUUGACAAUUUAAACGGAAUAUGUGUUUCCAAAUGUCUAACUGGGGAAUAUGCUGUCACUGAGGAUCCAGAGGUGGUGUGUAAGCCAUGUGAUGACAGCUGCAUUGAAUGCAAAGGAUCUGGACCUAACAACUGUACAGAGUGCCCUGCAAGUACAUUAAUAACACCAGAGGGUCGAUGUCUGUAUUGCUGUGACUCUCCCCUUCCUCAGUCUGUGGACUGCUGUAAUUGCACAGAGACGAGAGAGGAGUGCAUUGUUCGGUCUCAGUUUAUUCUCAAGCAAAUGGAAUACACCGACAAACCAGCUCUGUUCAUCACAUCCUCCAUCUUGAUGGUCCUGGCCCUGGGAGGAGGCGUCUUCUUCUUUCUGAGAUCCAGAUCCAAGGCCCAACCCAAGGAGAAAUCUGGGUACGAGAAAUUGGCCAACAGCUCCAAGCCCAUUUCUUCAUUCGAUCCCAAAAGGGCCAGUGGCGGAGGCAGCAGCUACCGCCAGGAACAUGGGAUAGAGUACAGUGACCGUGUGGAGAAGGAGGAGGAGGAGGAAGAAGAUGAGGAUGAAGACAUCGUGUACAUGGGGCAGGAUGGCACAGUCUACCGCAAAUUUAAAUAUGGACUGCUGGAGGACGAUGAUGAUGAGGAACUGGAAUAUGACGAUGAGAGUUAUUCAUUCAGAUAAUGAAACAGCUAUCUAAGUUAUUAUUGUUAUUUUACUUCUGUUUUCCUCCUUUAAUAAUAAUAAUAAUAAUAAUAAUAAUAAUAAUAAUAAUAAUAAUAAAAAUAAUAAUAAUAAUAAUAAUAAUAAUAAUAAUUUAUUAAACAUGGUCCAGAAACUUUCAUGAGUUGAUAUUUACUUCACAUGGUUUCAGUAUGUUUUUAAAAAGGUAUCAAAUGUAAUUCCUAUUGGAUUGCUGACACUUUUUCUUUCUUAUGCUGACACUUUUUUUUUUUUUAAUUGGUUUUGAAAACUUACUGCCACACACUCCAGGUUUCUAGCUCAGAGAAGCUUAACAAUAGCUAAUUAACAUUUAAAAGGAGGUAGAGAUUUGGAAAAUAAAAAUCAAAAAGCUCAAGUCCUACUUAUACAAUGUGGAUUAUCUGCCCAUACUGUAGGAAAACCUAGAACUGUUAUUUUCGUCCUUGGUACAGUAUUCUUGCAUAAAUUAAUAAGUUAAUGGUUAGAUCUUUUUGCAACCAGAAUUUCAGUAAUAUAAAAAUUCUGAAAAUUGAAAUCAGCUCAGUUCCCUUCCGAAUAAUAUUUUGAAGCGCUAAUGGCAGGAGAUAUCAGUCUUGAUCCGUGGGGAUCAAAUCUGAAAACAAACUGAAGUCUUUAUACUAGAGAACAGUUGAUGUUACUCCAGUUUGUAGCUGCAACCCCACAAUUUCCUUUGUCGUGUACAGCAUCACAUGUCAUUUUAGGAUUUAUAUAUGUAUAUAUAUUCCACACAUUGUAUACAUAUGAACAUAAUUUAGAUAUUUUAUUAAGCCAUAAGUAUAUGGAAAACUACAAAGCGGUAUGUAAUUCAAUAUGUUAAAGUAACAUUAUUCAGCAGGUUUCAUUUGACUUUAUAAAGCAAAAUGAGUUAAUUCUAUAGGGUGAUGCAAACCUUUUGACCGUAGUGCUGUGCUGUGCUGUGCUGUAAUUUACUGGGCUGUACUGUGUGCACUGUUUGUAUUUAACACUUGUUUUUUUUUUCCGACUUGUUCGUUAUGAACUUUUUUCUAUUCUGAAGCUUUCUGGUUGAUUUGUAAUGUAAUGAGAAAAUGUCAAACACUUGCUGCAAGUAUUUGUGAAAAUAAUUUUAAUUUCUUAAUGUAUUUGUGUUUUUGGUGUGAAAAUGUGUUUUCUUGUUGUGAAUAAACAAGAACUUUGUAAAAAAUAAAAAUAAUAAUAAUAUUU